GGCCGCUCUCCACCUUGGGUCUCCUCGCCGCUGGAGGGCCUCAGGUGGCACUAACACCUGCGCGGGCCGCCUGAGCCAUAGGGAGGACGCCGGGACACCCGGAAGCCGGGAAAUGGACUCAGUGGCCUUUGAGGAUGUGGCUGUGAACUUCACCCAGGAGGAGUGGGCUUUGCUGGAUCCCUUUCAGAAGAAACUCUACAGAGAUGUGAUGCAGGAAACCUUCAUUAACUUGGCAUCUAUAGGGGAAAAUUGGGAAGACCAGAACACUGAAGAUAAAUACAAAAGCCAGGGGAGAAAUCUUAGAGGUUGUACUGUAGAGAGACUCUGUGAAAGAAAAGAAGGUCAAUUUGGGGAAACCAUCCGUCAGACUCCAAAUCUUAAACGGAACAAGAAAACUAUUCCUGGAGUAAAACCACAUGAGUGCAGUGUGUGUGGAAAAGUCUACAUGUGUCAUUCAUCUCUUAACAGGCACAUGAAAUGUCACACAGAACGCAAACCAUAUGAGAACCACAAAUAUGGAGAGAAGUCCUAUGAAUGUAAGGAAUGUGGGAAAACAUUCAAUUUUCGGAGUUCAUUUCGAAUACAUGAAAGGACUCACACUGGAGAGAAACCCUAUAAAUGCAAGCAAUGUGGGAAAGCUUUCUGUUGGCCCAGUUCCUUUCAGAUACAUGAAAGGACUCACACUGGAGAGAAACCCUAUGAAUGUAAGGAGUGUGGCAAAGCCUUCAUUUAUCACACAACAUAUCGAGGACACAUGAGAAUGCACACAGGAGAGAAACCUUAUCAGUGUAAAGAAUGUGGGAAAACCUUCAGUCAUCCCAGUUCAUUUCGAAACCAUGAAAGAACUCACUCUGGAGAGAAACCUUAUGUAUGUGAACAAUGUGGAAAAGCCUUCAGAUACUACCAAACUUUUCAAAUACAUGAAAGGACUCACACUGGAGAAAAGCCCUAUCAGUGUAAGCAAUGUGGGAAAGCUCUCAGUUGUCCCACUUCAUUUCGAAGUCAUGAAAGGAUUCACACUGGAGAAAAACCCUACAAAUGUAGAAAAUGUGGCAAAGCCUUCAGUUUUCCUAGUUCCUUUCGAAAACAUGAAAGAAUUCAUACUGGAGAGAAACCUUAUGAUUGUAAGCAGUGUGGGAAAGCGUUCAUUUCUCUUCCAAGCUUUCGAAGACAUAUGAUAAUGCACACUGGGAAUGGGCCUUAUAAAUGUAAGGAAUGUGGGAAAGCCUUUGAUUGUCCCAGUUCAUUUCAAAUUCAUGAAAGAACUCACACUGGAGAGAAACCCUAUGAGUGUAAACAGUGUGGGAAAGCCUUCAGUUGUUCCAGUUCCUUUCGAAUGCAUGAAAGGACUCACACUGGGGAAAAACCCCAUGAAUGUAAACAAUGUGGUAAGGCCUUCAGUUGUUCAAGUUCUGUUCGAAUACAUGAAAGGACUCACACUGGAGAGAAGCCCUAUGAGUGUAAACAGUGUGGAAAAGCCUUUAGUUGUUCCAGUUCAUUUAGAAUGCAUGAAAGAAUUCACACUGGAGAGAAGCCCUAUGAGUGUAAACAGUGUGGUAAGGCCUUCAGUUUUUCCAGUUCAUUUCGAAUGCAUGAAAGGACACACACCGGAGAGAAGCCUUAUGAAUGUAAGCAAUGUGGGAAAGCCUUCAGUUGUUCCAGUUCAUUUCGAAUGCAUGAAAGGACUCACACUGGGGAAAAACCCUAUGAAUGUAAGCAUUGUGGGAAAGCCUUCAGUUGUUCAAGUUCCAUUCGAAUACAUGAAAGGACUCACACUGGGGAAAAACCCUAUGAAUGUAAACAAUGUGGCAAAGCCUUCAGUUGUUCUAGUUCUGUUCGAAUGCAUGAAAGAACUCACACUGGAAAGAAACCCUAUGAAUGUCAACAGUGUCAUAAGGCCUUCAGUGUUCCCGAUCCUUUCGGAUCCAUGAAAGAACUCACACUGGAGAGAAACCCUAUGAAUGUCAACAGUGUGGUAAAGCAUUUAAGUGUUCCCGUUCCUUUCGAAUACAUGGAAGAACUCACAAUGGACAGUAACUAAUUGUAGACAGCAUGGUAAAGCUUUCAGUUGUCUUUGAAGAUAUGAAAGGACUUUUGCUGUAGAGAAACCCUGUGAAUAUAAAAUGAAAGAAAACUUUCAGUUCUCUGGGUGUGAAUACCAGAAGGAGCUCUUACUGGAGAGAAACUCUAUGACCACAAGCAAUAUGGGAAAAAGCCUUCAGUGAUCAGCUUUUUGAGGAUACGCAAGAAUGCAUUCUGGAGGAAUAUUCAUAAAUGUCAAGAAUAUGUAAAAGCCUUCAGUUGUCCCGGUUUAUUUAGAAAUCAUACACAAACACACUGGAGAGCAGUUUAUCGAAUGCAAACAAUGUGGGAAAGAUUUCAGUUGGCCACGUUCUAACAUAAUAUAUGAGAAGGCACACUGGAGAGGAAUUGUAUAAAAGUGAAAAGCAAUGGAAAGGUUUUUAUUGUCAAAUAUUCAUGUAAUAUUCCCUCUAUGUGAAUCUUCAAACUCAUGUAAAGACUCCUACUGGAGAGAGGUCCUUUAAGUGUACAUAAUACAAAUUAAUUCAUGUCUAUCAUUCCGGAACAUUUACAACAUGAAAGAAAUGUUAUAAAACAUGCAAGUUUAUUUUUCAGUUUAUAUUAAAGUAUCCCUGGACUAUGGAUUUCUAUUUAUUACUUUCACACAUGAACAUCAGAUGGGUAACAUGCUGAUGUUGUCACAAGGUUGGAGGGAGGCACCUCUCAACACAUCUGUGUGGAAACCCAAGCCUGUGCUUGUAAAUCAUAAAAAGGAUUUUGUGUUUUAAGCUAAGUGUUAUUAUAAAAGAGUCAAAAUGCAAAAAAGAUUGCAGGGGGCUGUGUGUGUAGUGCAAUGUUAGAGUACUUGCCUAGCAAGUAUGAGGCCCUGGGUUUGAUUCAUAGCACUGAAAAAAAGUUAUUUUUAAGUUUAUAAAGUAAAAAUGGUGCAGUAAACUGAGGAUAAUAUAUUAUUGAAUAAAUAAAUUUUUAAGAAAAAUUAGUAUAGCCUAACUGUGCACAUAAUGUUUAUAAAAUCUACAGUAGUGUACAGGAAGUCCUAAGACUUUACAUCCAUCCACCACUCAAUGACUCACCCACAGCAACUUCCACUCCUUCAGCCUCCUUUUAUGAUAAGUGCCCUAUAUAGGUGUACCACUGUUUAUCUUUUAUAUGGUAUUUUUACUGUACCUUUUCUAUGUUUAGAAACACAAAUACCAUGUGUUAUAAUUGCCUAUAAUAUUGAAUAUAGAUACAUGUUGUAUAGGUUUAUAGCUUAGGAGCAAUAGGCUGUGCCAUAUAGUCUAGAUGUACAGUAGGCUACACCAUCAAGGUUUGUGAAGUAAGUAUAUUUUAUGUCUGUACAAAGACGAAUCUGCUUGAUAAUGCAUUUCUAGAACAUCUUGUUCCUUAAACAGUAUAUGCCUGUAUUCUCAAAGUUAGCAUUAAUUGCUUGAUUGUCAUCUUUAUAGAGGUGUAGUGUAUAGAUACCUCCCAAGUUCCACUCAGCAUCCAUUGCUGUUUAGAUUUUCCUGCAAACUCUAAUGUGUGCAUAAUUUGGACUCGCAAGAUUGGGAGUGUUCCCUGAUGUUUUGACUUACCUCAUCUCUAGACUGAAUUCAUCUAGGGUCUUACAUUAUGUAGUAAACACCUGUUGUAUUAAUGUUGCCAGUGACUGUAUGUAGUUAAAGUGGUGCAUUCAGAAAGGACUCUUAUGGACUUGGGCUUUUGUUAGUAAAUGAAGUGAGACUUUUCUCUAUAUUGGAUACUGUGCAUUGAAUUUAGUUGCAUCACUGGUUAUCAUAAUAGUUCUUAUCUAGAAAGAAGGAAGAAUGAAGUUGAGAUAAUCUACAUGGGUCAAGUAUGGUGGAGUAUACCUGUAAUCCCAGAUACUGGGGAGGCUGAGGCAGGAGGAUCCCAAGUUCAGGGCCAGCCUCAGCA